AUGGGACAAGAGAACUCCCAUGAACAGAUCGAUUCGAACACGCCUACAAAGACGCUAUCAUCGCGGUCCCUUGAGGCUGUAGCAGAAUACAUCAAAGAUGGGACUCCAAAGAAAAUCGUGGUCAUGACAGGCGCGGGAAUCUCUACGUCAGCAGGAAUCCCCGACUUCCGCUCCCCAGACACGGGACUUUAUGCCAACCUCGCUCGCCUGGAUCUCCCAUUUGCUGAAGCAGUAUUUGAUAUAUCCUACUUCCGGCAAAACCCGGAUCCGUUCUAUGUCCUGGCAAAAGAAUUAUAUCCCGGCAAGUUCUUUCCAACGGUGGCGCAUUCCUUUGUGGCGCUGCUGGAGGAGAAGUCCAUGCUCCAGAUGUUGUUCACCCAGAAUAUCGACACUCUGGAGCGGAGGGCUGGUGUGCCUGGAGAUAAGAUCGUGGAAGCUCAUGGUAGCUUUGCGACGCAGCGGUGCAUUGACUGCAAGUCUGAUUUUCCUGAUGAUCUCAUGCGCAAGGCUAUUGAGAAUGGUAAAGCUCCGCAUUGUAUUGUCCCGCAGUGCAAUGGGCUGGUUAAGCCUGAUAUUGUAUUCUUCGGUGAAGCUCUCCCUGACUCGUUCUUUCAAAAUCGGGGAGUACCAGCUACGGCGGAUCUGCUCAUUGUGAUGGGAACUAGUCUAUCGGUUCACCCAUUUGCAAGCCUACCACAAUUUGCGCGGGAGGGCGUGCCACGAGUCUUGAUCAACAAGGAGAUCGUGGGGGAUUUUGGUAGUCGGCCGGACGACGUUGUUAUACUUGGGGAUUGUGACGAAGGGGUUAGAAAGCUCGCUGACGCUUUGGGGUGGCGUGACGAGCUUGAAGGAAUGUGGCUGGAAGUCGGCGGGAAGGUCAAAGAGCAGGAAGCAGCACGGUUAAGAGAACAGAGGAAAGCCAUGUCCAAGGACGAGGUGCUUGAAGCAGAAAUCGAGAAGCUGACCCGAGACGUCGAUGCAUCGCUUCAGAUAUCGAAGGAUCAUACCCAACGAGUAAAUGAUUUGCUUGCUGGGCCGGCACAACCCGAAGGAAAGGGGUUGAAACUGGAAGCGGCAGAUGACUCUUAUCCAACUUCUACUCGACUUGCUCAAGCUUCAGACGUACCAGGGAGAAUGAAGGAUGGAGUAUCAGAGCCGCCUCCAACACCAAACGAUAAUCCGUCACCAGAUCCCAUCGUGACCGUGCCGAAAGGUCAUUCAGAGAAGAAGCCCGCGACAUCUGAUGAUCUAUCAACUUUAGAUCUCAUACUUCUGCACAACAAGCCGAUAGACGACGAGCCGAUAGAUGACGACGAGGGAACGAUCCCGUUCCCCAAGUUUUGA